CGCCAUUUCUUUAGACGUAUCGCAAAAGGUUGCAAUCACUGAAUAAAAAUGCCGAGAACGUCUCGGAGAAAGCGCUCUCUUAGCUCAGGAGACGAAAAUUCGGUAACUUACUACUCUAAGCAUAGAUGUGUUGACAGGGAAUAUAGUCCUGCCCCAGAAAGUCGCCAUGUCAAACAUUACAGUUCGAGGAGUCGUAGUCGAGAUCGAAGGAGACGUCAUCGCCAUUCUUCCAGAAACCGAAGUCAUAGUACGCGACGCAGUGAUCGAAAGUUGAGACGACAGAAACAUCGCAAUGAACCUACUGCUGUUUCUACGGUAAGAGGCGAUAUUAGUUGUCUUUUCCGGUCUUUUUAUUCAAUCGGUAUUUCGCUAUAAAUUUGGUAUCAAGGACCCUCAUACCUUGAUACCUAGUAAACUUCGUACACACUCUGGGGAUGAAUUGAAUUUCACAGAGCUUAAAACGUUUCUCGGAUUUAAACGUGUUGCUAAACGUCAAAUGCCAACUUUACGAAUUAAUGUAAAAAAAGUGCGAGUUUCUUGUAGAGAGAUCGCGAAUCGCAGUGGAUUUCAAAGUUGUCGUGACGUGACCCAUCACCACCGUUGUCGGUUUCUCUUGAAAUGAACACCACGUGGUGGACGUUACGUUCGGUUGCUCAUAUUGAUAAGAAAAUAAUGGUCAAUAAAGCAAAAAUAACUUAUAGAUUUGCAUUUAUUAAAACUUAAGGGCCAUAUUUCCCCUCAUCCCCAUUUUAGAAUUUUUUUCCACGCGGAGUUUCUUUCUCUGUGAGAAAUAGUAAGCUAAUCAUGUACGUACAUACUAAUAUUAUGGCGGGGUUCGGUGUAGAAAUCUCACCUAGAAUGCCAACAAAAUCCGUCUUUUCCCCUGUUAUAUGAAUGCCAUUGUGGGAGGUCUGUUUACAUUUAAAAAAACUGUAAGUCAAUUCGGAGACUGUGAUGGUUUCGAGGACUGUGUAAUAAUAUUAUCAGCAUCAAGGAGAGUCAAUUAAUUUGUUUAGAGGUUUUCCUUUAUGCUGUUUAAUUUUUUGCUUUCAUUUGCAACAGUAUGAGAAUUAUUGCUCUGUUUAUUGAGAUUGUGUACUGGGGUGUACCUCUUAAGGGUUGCAUCCAUCAAGGUUCAAAUUAUUAAAACUCCGCAUGGAUAUGUACACACAAAUAGAAAUUGAACUUAAAGAAACUAACUUUUGUAGAUUCUUUGAAGUCAACCAAUCAGAUGUUAGAAAUGGGCAUAGUUUUGCAAUGACUGUCAAAUAGAGUAAGUUACCACAACUGCCUGCAUCAAAUUAAACAAUUUCAAACGUCAAUUUGCAGACAGUUUUACAGCUUUUGCAGUUAACACUUUUCAUUAAUCCCUAUCCAGUUUUAACCCUUUAAGUUCUAAUGGUGACCAACAUCAAUAUUCUCCUAACAAUCCAUACAAUCCAAUCCAUUGUUAAGAGAUUAGGUUAUGAGAAUCAAUAAAAUGAUCACCAAAGAGAAAAUACCUUGAUCUUUUAUCAAAUUCUCUUAACUCAUUCUUUAAGGAAAUGUAUGGAGACCAGUUUGGAGAAUUUGUAUGUGGAUAUUGGAACUUAAAGGGUCAACGCUCUAAGCCCCAAUGUGAUUAUAAUAAUAUUGUUCCUUUUUGAUACAAAUUCUGGUCAGUGAAAGAGGUUAUCAGAAUAAAUCAUACACCAAAGUAAAUUAAUUGAAACAACUGUCUGCUAGUAUUUAUAUACUACAGCCCCUAAGGAAUUACAAUUUAGCAGUUGUGGCUUUCUAACACCAUUUUUUCAUUUGCUACAUGAAUUUACAUAAAGAUUAUGCUUCCAUUACUACUUGGUAAACUCUACAAUUUGGUGAUAAUUUGAGUGAGAUCAAUAUACUACCAAACCAAUCAAACUCAAAGAUGUUUUGCUAUAACUCUGGGAUUUCUCACAUGUUGGUUUUUUAGAUCUAUUGUUAAGGCUAUGGAAAAAAGAAAGUAAUAAUGGCACAAUUUGUUUGGCUUUCGUUACCUUUAGGGGACCGUCACUCUAAAGAGGAAAACAAGUCACAAGAAAAAUGAUGAGUUCAAUGUAACAAAGAAUAAAAAAUAUGAAAAUACUGGUUAUUUCUGAAUGCAUCCUUUAGCCAUGAACAGUGAAUAUCACAGACGGGACAUUUCUUAGUAUUUUUUCAGAUUUUACUCAAUUUACGGUAGAUUCAAGAGAGGACUUAUAGAAAAUAACUAAAAAUGACCAAAGAUGUUUUUUCUCGUUCUACACUCUACAUUUGGCAUGUAAAUUUAUCAUGUGUUGUUGCAUAAACUUGUCAUCUUGCUCCUGCAUUCUGUUAAUUUUUUCCUCUAUAAAGUGAUGGUCCCAUAAAAGUAACGCACAAAGUAUAAACGCAUAUAAAGAUUGUAUAUUUGCAGUGCAGCUCAAAGGGUUAAACUCUAUUUGACAGUCAAUCAAAAACUGCUCGAACAAUGUUUAAUGAAUAAAACUCACGUGCUACCUGUGUGUGUAUAUUUUGCUAUUUUCUAUAUGUUUGAAAACGGGGCGGAACUGUGGACAUGAUCACGCUGACGCAACAUGAAAUUAUGAUGCAAUGAAUUGAACCUGUGCCUCCGCUGAAAUAUGUCUAUGAAUGAAUGAAUUGCUCAUGUCAUAUGGAUGAAUUACCCGGCCGGUACAGAAGCCAGCGUAUGAAGACGAUACAAGCAGAGGCUUGUCAGGCGUCAAGGAUGACGAGGACGGCCACCUGAUAUUUCGUCAUGGCGACAUGCUGAACUCCAGAUGUACUAAUUUUUCUUGUUUCAUACAGUAGCUGGUAGAUACAUGUUACUAAUACGUCAUUAAAUCAGGACUUAUUCUUUUUCUAAAAUAGUAGUUUAAAUUCUACUAAGCCUUUGGUCAUCGAUGGCAUCUUAGAAUACACUUUUUAUUUGAUAACUUGUGUUUUCUGUAAUUGUACCUCUGUUUGGUGCUUAUGCCCUUAAAAGUAGUUAAUGUGGAAUAAUUAUUAUCAGAACUUGACAUAAAUUAAUUCCUGGCAAUUUUUGUUAGCUUCUAUCUGAGCUGACUGUUUUCAUUAUUUGACUUGAAAUAAUAAUUAUCCUAUUAUGUUGUAUUGCAUUAUUAGUAUUCAAGUAAAAAAGUUCAUAUCUUAACUGAUUUGCUGUUUUAGCUAUAAGUUUCUUAGCUACAUGUAGACGGGAACUUGGCUUGUAACUUUUGAUUUUGUUAUUUUCAGAUGAGAUAAACAGUUUAUUAGGUGAAGGAACAUUUGGAAAAGUUCUUGAUUGUUUUGACAGGUAAGUUCUGUUUUCUACCUUAACUGAUUUGCAUGUUUGUGUCAAAGUAAAAAAAGGAGGGGUUUGUGAGGAGUAGGGGUGGGGGGAGUAAUGCAAUGAUAGAAGGUAAUCAUGCUCGUUUUGCUCACUAUCUAUUGCUUACUUUACAUUAGAGUAGUUUAGAUUAUUUUUGGCUAAGUGGUUACUAGAAAAUUGCCUGUCUAGCUUCCAACAGUGGUUUUUUUUCCUAGGGGCUAUUUACAUACAUCGACUUGUAUUUGCUAUUCAUACAGGAUUCUGACUAAAUUGAUUAGGGUUAAGUACUGACAAUACUGAUUAGGGUUAAGCAACAAAGAUAGUGAUUAGGGCUAAGCACUGACCAUACUGAUUAGGAUUAAGCACUAACUCGAAACAGUUAGCUUCUAUUUAGGGUUAUAGUUCUAGCCCUAAAAUCAAACUUCUUUCAGCAGCAAAUACUCUAUUGUGUAGUGGUUAACACUACAAACUAAACUUAAGACUUAAUCCCGUAUGCAUAGCAAGUACAUGUCAGUGUAUGGGUCCUCGUACGAAUAGCCACUGUUUUUUUUUUUUGCAAAAUCCCCAGGGCAUAUGGAUUUAUUCUGGUACUCAUAAAUGUUGCUGUAUGAAAGGCUUAAGAAUACUGGUUAUUCUGAGUAACCUGCUUGUUUUGUAAAGGUGAAAGAACACAAUAUUAAGAAGUGCUAAACCAAGUCACUCUCUAUUACUUUAGAUAGACUUUCUAGUGUAAUAAUAUUAAGCAGUUUGUACCUUCAAGAAUAAGAGGAACCAAAAUGUAUUGAUCCAUGGGAAUUUUCUGCUCUCUUUCGUAGGAAAACCAACACAUAUGUUGCUGUGAAAGUAAUUAAAAAUGUUGAAAAAUACAGGUUGGUAGAUAAAUAAAUAAACAAAGAAAUAAACAGCAAAUAAUAAUUUAAAGAUAGCACCACCUCAUUUAUUUUUAAGUUACCAGCAACACAUUAACUUUCCCCUCCGAACAGCUUUGUCACUGUGAAUUGUAAUUAAUGAUAAUUUAUGCAUAAACAACAACUGGCAACAAACAUUGUUUAUCAUUUUCAUAAACUAUAACUAAUAUAUUUUCAAUUUGUCAAUAAUCUGAGUGAAACAAACGAUUUUGAUUUUUGAAAUUUAUUUGUCCAAAUUACUAUGGAAUGACCCUUCUUUUUCUACCCUUCUUGAUCAAAUUGGGAUUUGGAAAUGUUGGUUUUUGGGAUAGAGGAAAACUGGAGUACACAAAAAACCUUUUGGAGCAUGGGCUAAAACCAAUAGCCAACUCAAACCACAGGUGGCAUCACAUCCAGGAUUUUAGCCUGGGCCACCCUUGUCAUGUUUUGCAAAAAACGGAUGUCUGGAAUAACAUAGGCCCUGAAUUAUCCUCGCUGUAAUGUCAAAUUCUCUCUUUGUUCAUGAACAAAAUAUAAGGAAAUUUGAAAUGAGAAUCUAGCUGUGUUAUUAAUAUGUUAUAUAUCAUGAAGGUGACUUAGGGCUUUUUCCAGGUACCUCUUAAAUUGUUGCGUAUUAUAUGUUCUGAGUAGUUAUUCCUGCCUUGAAUCUAUUUUUUUUGAAUUUAUUUUUUCAGAGAAGCUGCCAAGUUAGAGAUCAAAGUUCUGGAAAAAAUCCAGCAGAGAGAUAGAAAUGGAAGGAGGUAUUGGUAUUGUUUAGAUUUUAAUUCCAUGACAGGUGAAUCUGCUAAUUCUAAUCGCUCUUGUUCUGGCUACAUGGAUGUUAAAUAAUCCUGAGGAUGGGUGCUUAUUAUUUAAGAGCAACACUAAUUAGAUAGCAAUAGUAAACCUCUAGUUUGGUGUUAAAUUCCCUCCAAUAACACAGCAAUAACACUCUAGAGGUAUGUAAAAACCUCUCUGAAUGUUCAAUGCAAACAAACAACCAUGAAUUACUAACAGAUGUGUUAGGGAAUGGCAGAAGUCAUUAUUUUUAUAAAAAACCUUGAGGUAUUGGUAACAUUAAUUUACCAUCCAGUUGACUUAAUCCGGCAUCUGUACCCACUUGAUUGCACAGUUUUUUACAUCACACUCUGCCUCAUCCUGUAAUGAUUUUUUAUUGUCAUCAUUGUUUUUUCAGCCUUUGUGUGACGUUGCUUGAUUGGUUCAACCACUAUGGCCACAUGUGCCUUGUAUUUGAGAAGAUGGGAUUAAGUGUGUUUGAUUUUAUGGUUAGUGACUUAAUUGCUCUUUUUAUCCUUUUAAUUGCUUUUUUUCUCGCGGUGAAUAUACAACUGUAACUUUCUUUUAUUUUGUCUAAUUCUCUGUUUUAGAAGGACAACAACUAUGAACCCUACCCUGUGGAUCAAGUCAGGCACAUUUCUCAUCAACUUAUUGUGGCUGUUAAAUGUAAGGACAUACAGAUAUAUUAGCUGCUUUCCUCUUAAUGUACUUUUUCUGCAAGUAAAUACAUGUACGCUUUCCCUUUAUGAAGGUGUCUUUUUGUUUAGUACAAAGCGGUUAUUAAUGGGUUAGCUUGAAAAGCCGCUAACGACUUCUGAUAAUGUCAGAUUUAUGUUCACAUGAGUUCCUUUUCUGUUUGUUCUCUGUGUUAUUUGUAACACUUUGAUUAUUUCAAUUUCAGUUCUUCAUGACAUGAAAUUGAGCCAUACUGAUCUCAAGCCAGAGAACAUGCUGUUUGUGAACUCUGACUGCAAUGUUACCUACAAUUCAAGACUGGUUUGUAAAUUAUUGUUUGCAUUAUUGCGCCCUUGCUGCUAUAACGUGGGACGUACUAUGUAUAUGUAGCAUAAAAUCUUGUUAAACUCAUCAACAAUAGAUGAUCUUGGGGAAUGGUGCUUGAUGAAGGAAGGUGGAGCCACCAGACAAGCCGAGUCAACAGCAUUAGGUAUCCAUGACAACCUUGUGAGCGGCAACUGGCAGGGAUGGUCACACUAAAAAAACAUUGAAAACUAAGUUUCUUACCACAUACGUUCCAUGCCAAGCUGGGGAUCAUAUAAGUUAGAACUUGGCAAGAAGCAGAAUGCAGAAUGACUUGACGUCUGAAGCCCGGCUGUACUCAUGCAACACCCCUGCACACAACCAUCAGCCACCCCUCACACCAACUCAGUGGGAAAACUCAGGAAAACUGCUGGUCAUCAUUGUUUCAUGUUUAACUUAGCCUAAAUUACAUUUAGCCACGUUUAAAAAGCAUCAGCAGAAAAGAAAAGCAAACAAGCAAAUUUAAGAAUGGUUACCAUUCUGAGUUGAUGAAAAAUCCCACAUUAUGAGCAGUGAAAAAAAAAUCUUACCUGUGCCUUCUCGGGGUUUUUUACAUUAAUGUUUUUUUAGUAUUGAACUUAUCUGCUCUGUUCUCCCUACAGAAAAGAGAUGAGCGGAUAGUGAAAAGUUCAGAUAUGAGGCUCAUUGAUUUUGGAUCAGCAACAUUUGAUCAUGAGCACCAUAGUACUGUAGUUUCAACAAGGCAUUACCGUGCACCUGAAGUCGUUCUUGGUGAGUGAGUUCUGCACUGGCUUGUUCCUUGUAGAGAGUUUUAGAACUUUGUCAGAAUUAUUGUCCCAUUUGAAUAAUUACUUAGUGCAGUGAAUCUUGGCUUGCCUUAACAGUACAUGGGUUUAUGAUGUGAAGGUUGGUAUUUGCCAGGUUGACCAACCUUCACAAUGAUUAAUAAUGGACUCUAAUCGUGUCCAAUUCUUUCCACCUCAGAAGUGGCCAAGUUAAAUUCAACCAAAAUUUCUCAAUUUCAUUGUGCAUUUAAUGCUGAAAAACAAGUAGAAUAAUGUGAAAAUACUAGCGAAGAGAAUUUGAAAUGUCACAUCACUGGAUUUCAUCCUAGCCCAAAAGUAGGAAUCACAUUAGAAGACUCCAUCAUAAAAGAGAUUAGAAAAAGAUGAGUGCUGUAUAAAAUUUACAUGAGUAAAUUGAUGUUAUUUACCAUUCUGUUCACCUUUGGCUGAGCUACAUUUAUGCAGAAGAUGUACUUUAAUACUAGAUUUUAACUUCCUUGAGAGUAUCUUUGGUGAAGUUAGUCUACCGUAUUUCUUCACCUAUAAGCCGAGCGAUUUUUUCAGUUUUCGACCCAAAAUUUUGGGAGAUUUUUCACGGAGAACGGGGUUCGGCUUAUAGCCGAGGGUUUUACAUUUUAAAAAUAUACAGUUGCUGAAUAACUUUACCCCCCAGUGUUCGGUUCGAUGGCAGCUCAAAACGCAUGGGUGUCUCAUCCAUGUUGUAGAUGCAGGAUAAAGGGUAGUCGGCGCGUCUUCUUGCUGCAAUGACGAAGCGAUGAAACCGCACAAUGUUCUCUUCGAGAUCGGCGGGCAAUCGCUGGGCCAGAGUUGUUUUGGUUCGCAUGCUGACCGAGUGGCGUCGUUUCCAUUUCUCGUACCAUCCACGGGAAGCUUUGAAAGCAGGAUCAUCGGAGAGCUCUUUAGCUUUAAGGCGAAGCAUCAAUCCACUCACAGCAAUACCUACGAAAAAUAAAAUAACAAUCUUAUUUUGCUGCGAGAUAACCGUAGAUUCGUGACUGCAGCAUUCUUUUCGUGACAUGUUAUGAAAUUGUCAUGACAACAACAUAUUUCUGACCAAUCAAAGUCUCUGUUUCCCACGCACUGAAAGACGAUAUCAUUCAACUCUUCAAAAACUCUUAAAAUCUCAGACAAAAAAGUAAAUACCAACCUUGUUCUCUUUGCUGUGAAAACCACUCCAUCACUUGCUGGGCUAGUUCGGGAUAUUUCGGAGUGAAACGGCCUUUCGUCGCACGUUUUGCAGACAUCUUCAGCUCUCCGGAAAGAAUAGUCGCCUGGUCUCUUCUCCAGCGUCGUACCAUGGACUCGCUUAGUCCAUAUUCUCGAGCGAUUUCCGAGUUGUUUUCUACCGCUUCAGCUUCCGCGAUAACUUUUAUCUUGAAAGCCAUACUAUACGAGGAACGGCGUGCUUUAGGCAUGAUGAUAAAAAGUAACAGCGAUCGAUUGAUACUUUGAAACGUUUAACUGAGAUUAUUAUUGUUGUUGUGGUUAAUCUGUUGUCGCGUGGUAGUAUUUAUACAGUUCGUUGGAUCAAUUGAUAUUCAUAUCUCUUGAUUGGUUCGCUUUUUUUCUUUUGUGUUUAUUGUAAUUCAUUAGGUUUUGUGUUUAGUGAGUCAAUUUCUUAUGUUUUCCGUGAGGUUCGCUUGCUCAAAUGGCCAGUUACAAUCAAUAAUUUCGCUCUCGGCUUAUAGCCGAUGGUUUUACCUUUUUUUUUGGGCAGCUUGAGUCUAGCGUAAAGACCCUGAAAGUCAGGGUCUCGGCUUAUAGCCGAGAUCGGCUUAUAGGUGAAGAAAUACGGUAAUCUUUUUUUUUUUUUAGAACUUGGCUGGUCUCAGCCCUGCGAUAUGUGGAGUAUCGGAUGCAUCAUGUUUGAGCUUUACACAGGCUUCACACUGUUUCAGGUCAGUAUUUUACACUUUGUUGUUUGGAAGAAAACAAAUGCCGUAAAAUUCCGAAAAUAAGCCCCGGGGCUUAUAUUUUUCAAAGGCCCUUUUUGAGAGGCUUAUUUUUGGAGGGGCUUAUAUUCAGAGGGGCUUAUCUACAUAGGGAAAUUUGCGUUUCUAAAUCGAUUGGGCUAGCCUUAUAGUUGGAAGUAAAUUUACCAUUUUUGCUUUGUUUUACUUUGUAAUUUGAGGGCAAUUUUCCAAGUACAAGCUCCCGGGGGUCUUGUAUUUGGAGGGGCAAUUUAAUGGAGGUUUUUUUGCGUUACCGGUCCGGGGGGCUUAUACAUGGAGGGGCUUAUUUUCAGAAUUUUAUGGUAUACUUGUAAGGAAUAAAAUUGGUGUGAACCCUGCAUUAAAAUAAAUAAGUAAAUAAGAUAAGUCCAGAUUUCUAUUAUCAAGUUGAAAGUCAUUUUCCAUUGGAUUGGACAACCUGUAUCAAAAUAGCCUGCAAGCAAACUCUUUGUGGUGCUCUGCUGACGAGGCUCACAGGCUAGUAUCAAAAUUGAGGCAAAAGUAAUAUUUAAGGUAUUAUGUUUCUGCAACUUGUGUCUUUAUUUAAUUGCCAGUUAAAUUGCUUUGCCUUAAAUAGGAGGGCCUUUAUCCAGUGCUUUUGACUUUAGACAUCAUAAACUUGGUCACCAUAAAUGCAAUAUUUCAUAACAAAAGCAUGUUAUUUUAGACUCACGAGAACAGAGAACAUCUUGCGAUGAUGGAGAGAAUACUCGGACCCUUACCAUCACACAUGAUAAAAAAAUCAAGGUCAGUCCUAAAUAAUUCAGCAAUAACUCAGCUGCUGGAUUUGUUCACGGUAGUCCUGAGCUCAAAUCGUUGGCUGCGCUUGCAAAAUAGCCAGCUGGUUCGCCUCCUACCAGUAUGAAUUGGUAUUUUUAACCAUGUUAUAUUUUAAUCCAUUUAAAUUAUUUCUUUCGUGUAAAGCUAUUUAUCAUUGGUAACGUUUUAACUUGUCUAGCUAUAAAAGUAAAUACCGUCAGGUCGAUUAAGCGCCGCGGCGCUUCUUUAAUUUUCGCUGUUUUUUUAGUUGUAGGAGCGGCGCUUAUUUCAACUACGGUUAAAACACUGAGGGAAAUUUAGAAAGAAUUAAGUAAGGCGCGUACUAGGUAUACACAAUCUGGUAAAAAAGUAUGUACACCUCGAACUGUUAUGUGAAGGUGGCUUCAAAAGUUUUACUACAGUAAAACUUUAGAACUCACGAGUUGGUCGAGGUCUUUUUAAGCGCCGUAACAAAGGUAGAGCGAAAAUUUGUAAAUAUUCAAAUUAGCGCCGCGACGCUUAAUCGAGAACGGCGCCUAUUAAAUAUUAUUUUCGAUAAAGGUGCGGCGCUUAAUCGAUCAUUUACGGUGUGCAUAAUUUUAUACCCCACCCAGCCAAAAUUUCCUCAUAGUCGCUCCGUAUCAUUUUUGUUCGCAUAUAGUGUCAAAUCUGAUCAAUGUCUCACUGUUCUUUCCUUUAGAAAAACAAAGUACUUUUACAAAGGUAAAUUGGACUGGGAUGAGAGGAGCUCUGCUGGGAGAUACGUGAGGGAGAAUUGCAAGGCUCUCAGGGUAAAAUUAGCUUCUUCACUUGUUUUUCUCCUUACUUGUUACUUCUAGUUACUUCUUUUAGUUUAUUGUUAUUGGCUUAAGGAGUGGUUGCUUGCACUCCGCAGUCCACCGCUCUAUUGCACGAGUCUUUGCCUCUUUUACAAACAAAAACAGAGAAAAAAAUGAUACUCGUCUUUGGACUUCGGAAUAUUCACGUGGCAUCUUCGCGUUUUGGUUCGUUCGUUCGUUUUGUUUCCGUAAAAAAAAAUCAAUUGCGAGAAACCACAGGACGUUUGAUUUUAACCUCGUUCCCAAGUUUCUCUCCUACCCGUCCCUACGGAGCGAGAGAGAAAGAGAGAACGGUUAGGAGAUAGAACCUGGGAACGAGGUUGGUUUGAUUUCAUGUCUUACUUUUAUACCAAUUUGCACGAUGACGUCUUUUUACUACUAAGACCAGAAUUCAUUUCGUUUUUUCUUUCAUAUUUAAAUUUGUUAAUCCCGUUGAGGUUUAAAUAACAAAAGCCCUAAUUUGCACAAGAAAGCAAAACCUUGAAGGAUUCUGGUAGUAGUAGUAAAAUGACGUCAUCGUACAAAUGGCCUAUUGGAGAGAUUUUAGAGUAACGUUUGGGGCAGACGGCAAACGGGAAACAUCAGGUUCAUGUCACAUAAAAACUGUCCAAAAUAAUUCUUAUGGGAGAACCUGAAGUAAAAAUAAUCAUUAUGUUUUAGAUAGUCUACGAGUAGUCCCUCAUUUUUCCUCAGGGAUAGUGGACGCGUUUCGCCUUUUCUCGCGUCGGGCGAUUUUCACGCGCGCUCGCGUCUCGUUCGCUCUACUAUCCCUGAGGAAAAUUGAGGGACUACACGUAGUCUAUUUUUAAGGUAAAACGAACAGCAAAUAACAAGUGAAGGGGAAAUGAUCACAAUUUCCUUUUACCGUAAACACGACUCUAAUCUCCCUAUUGUCUUACAUUUUGCAGAAAUACAAGCGCGGAGACGGAGAAACCCACGAACUCUUUUUCAACCUUAUAGAACACUUGUUGGACUAUGAACCAGAGAAACGUUUAACAGCCAAGGAAGCAAUGAGCCAUCCUUUCUUUUACGGCAUGAACAUGUCUUAUUCAACCGGCAGUAGACAUUCUCAUAGUAAGAGCAGAUGACUAGAUGUGGAACACAGCAAGUCCAAAGCCUUUUUCUACUACGCCUUACUUUUUUUCUUUCUUCUAUUCUCGUUUUCGAGCUACAUGUAGAUCACCUAAGAUCCCAGUUUUCUCAUCCGCUAAACUUCUGCUAAACAUCCACAGUCGGAAGAAUUCCGAUUCAGCCUUCUCUCGCGGAACCCUUCGCCGAUGCCCGCGAAACCCCCGCUGAUCAUCGUUAUCCAAUCAAAGUGCUGUGCGAUCAGUCACGAUCGGCGUCGUCUGCUCUGAUGAUCACUUCGGCUUCGGCGCUAACACCCAUUCGGGUAAGAAAACCGCGGUCUUAAGAGAUCGUAUUCUUCCGACUAACACGACAUCCUGUUGUACAUUGUUUUAUAAAAGCCAGAACAUUAAAUUGCUGGAACACGCAUUUUUAAUACCGUGUUAAAAUCAGGCCAACUUUUUCAGGUCAAAGACCAAGCUGAUAGCUUAGACAACUAUGAGAGUUAUACCAAGCUAAGAAAUGAGAAUAAGAUAUUCUUUUUUCUUACGUACUAAAAGCAAUUAACCUACUCGCUUUAAUCAGC